AGCAAUUUUUCCGGCCCAAGCCACACUGGCUCAAGCUCCGGGGCUCUGGCCUACCACGCCUGACGUUUGCGAACCGCUCCCGUGAUGGCGCGCUCCAGCUUCGGUGCCCUGGCCCUCGCCGCGGCGUCCGCGUGGCUGCUGGCCGCGACCCUCUCGCCGGCCUUCGCCGGCACGGGCGCCCAGCCGUCCUCGGCUGCCCGGGGCGACCGCGUGGCCAGGCAGGCCGGAAGCGAGAUCAUGCUCACCGCACCGUCGAUCGGCGGCCGUUACCGCGUGGUCAUCGACGAGAGCACCACGGUGGAGUCGUGCCUCACCAAGUUCAGGAAGAUCUUCGAGAUCGACCAGGACUUCCUCCUCGACAAGGACUUCAACGUCUACCUGAAGGAGGACGAGGACAAGCCGAUCUCCGGCAAGAUCUCAGACCACACCAAGCUGCGCCCUUGGGGACCCGACGGCAUCGAGCUCCACAUCUACUACGAGCCGAAGUGAGCGAGCUCGCUCGCCCGCUGGCAGGGCUGAGGACAAUGUUUUUGGCUGGGCACAGAAAAGGA